ACAGAUGGCCAUUGACGGAACUGAGUUUCUUGCCUAGAGACAGCUGGGUAUCAGCGAAAUCUGAGGUUUCGGUUCGGGGUUUAAAAAAAGAAAAAUACAGAAAACUGGGUUCAGAUGAACUCCAGCAGAGUCAUCUUAUGUCUUUGGAGGAUAUUCUCAUUCAUACAGGUUAUGGUCCCUAGCUGAUACAACAAAGGGUUAACAUGGCCUAUCAAUCGGAGGUGAUCAUUGAUGCUCAGCCACAACCUGCUGGCACCAGCUACACGUUCAAUAAUCAAGGAAGCUGGAAUUCAGAGCUGUGUGACUGCUUUUCUGACAUGGGCAUCUGUCUUUGUGCCACUUUUAUACCCUGUGUUCUUGCCUGUCGGGUCUCGGAACAAGCCGGGGAAUCCUUCUGCCUCCCAUUUUUGCCAGGCUCUCUGAUCGCCCUCCGUACAGGAGUGCGUGGAAAAUACCGUAUUCAGGGGUCUAUCUGUGAAGACUGGAUGAUCAUGUCGUGCUGCCCACUGUGUGGACUCUGUCAGAUGGCAAGAGAGUUGAACAGGAACUGAGAAGACAGAGAAGAGGUGGCCAGACUUCACUCUGGAGAAAGCAAAGGAAGAGUGGAAGAAAUGAGUCAAGGGGGACAAAGCUAGCGCUGACAGAUCUGAAGUGAGAAAGAAAGAGGACAGAAGAUUACAACGGGAUUAAUUUUCCUAUCUCUUUGUUGACUAGAGUUUGAAACUCCACAAUGCAAAAUCCUGCAAAAAAAAAAAAAAAAGAAUAUGCACCCAACCCAUAACCACACACACACAUAUAUUAUAGGAGAAAUGAGAUUUAAAUUUUUUACACCCCGUAAGGAUUAGAUAUAAUUAUGAGUAAGUAUGAUAAGUCAUACUUAUCUUCUAGAAGUUGCUUUCUUUCUCUCUUUGGUGUCAUCUAGUGGUCAUCCAGAAUCUUGCAGACCAGAUCUGAUCUGUCUGGUCCAGGGGUUUUCAAACUUGACAACUUUUAAGACUUAUGGAUUUCAACUCCCAAAAUUCUUCCAUGCAGGCUGGGGAAUUUUGGGAGUUGAGGUCCACAAGUCUUAAAAUUGCCAACUUUGGAGAGACCCUAGAUUGAACUAGAAGAUUCUGAAUGCAGCUGCCUCUUGGUGCUAACAAAAGAGGAAUAUUCAAUAAGCAGGGAUUUUAAUGUUUAUUCCCUCUGUCAUUUCCACCUUGAAAUCUAUGUCCUAAUAAAUCCUGAUCUAAGA